AUGACUUUCUUUGAUCCCCCAGGAUACCUGUGUUGGCUCAGAAUCAGAACUUACAGCACACACCGCAGCACACGCAACACCAGCCAUGCCCAGAGCACCCAGAGCCCCGCUACAGCGCUUUUCUGCAAGGACGGCUCUCAGCAUAGGCACGCUGCACCUCCCGGAGGGCCCCCAGUCCUCAUCCCUCACCUAGGACACAGGAACUACCGCACCCAGAUGUGGGACAAGCAGAAGGAGGUCUUCCUGCCCUCGACCCCCGGCCUGGGCAUGCAUGUGGAGGUGAAGGACCCUGAAGGCAAGGUGGUGCUGUCCCGGCAGUACGGCUCCGAGGGCCGCUUCACCUUCACCUCCCACACACCCGGUGACCAUCAGAUCUGCCUGCACUCGAACUCCACCAGGAUGGCUCUCUUCGCUGGCGGCAGACUGCGUGUGCACCUGGACAUCCAGGUUGGGGAGCACGCCAACAACUACCCCGAGAUCGCUGCCAGGGACAAGCUGACAGAGCUCCAGCUCCGAGCCCGCCAGCUGCUUGAUCAGGUGGAACAGAUCCAGAAGGAGCAGGAUUACCAGAGGUAUCGUGAAGAGCGCUUCCGUCUCACCAGCGAGAGCACCAACCAGAGGGUCCUGUGGUGGUCAAUCGCUCAGACGGUCAUUCUCAUCCUCACUGGAAUCUGGCAGAUGCGUCACCUCAAAAGCUUCUUUGAGGCCAAGAAGCUGGUGUAGUAUCCUCUCCGUACGACCCUCCCCUUCACCUCGAUUAUUUUGUACUUUCCUCACCCAAUACCGUAUCCACCUGGAUUUUGAGGGAAAGGAAAUGAAAAAAGAAUACAAGCCACAUUGGUUCCAUGGCAACAAAGCACUCACAUCAGCCACUCGCUCACACUAGUUCUCAAGGACCCAGGACAUUGGUCCAGGUUUUCAAAGGUCUGUUUUGGGGUUUGUUCAGAAUCGAAACUGACCCCGGAUGACGUCUGGCUUGUUUCACCUGCAGUGAUUCCCCUCAUCCUCUUACAAAAAGAGCAAGUAAAAAAAGUCUGUGCUAUUCCUUUAACUUCUCUUUUUACGUCUACUUAGGCAGUAGGCUGCUGAAAUGCCCCACCAGGGAGGCCCUGCCUCACUGUCCCUCGUGAGUCCUGGGUUUGCUCAGUGGCUUUGUGAAUGUAAAUAAGGGGCAGAGGCCUCAGAGGAUUGAAAUGUUUUUUCUAUAUAUUAGAACUAUUUUUUGAUAAAUUAUAUAUAUUUUACUUCCUAGUUGAAGUGUUCCUGCCUGUGUGUGACUAGCUGAAAACACCAGUGCGGCCUCGUCUGCUUUCUGUGUACCCGUACGUUUCUGCUAAGGGCCACAGCAGCUCGCAGACACCACAGGUGCUCUCAGGGCCUUCCCAGAGGGCCGAGCAGGGACUCCCUGGACACCGGGGAUUUCAUCCCGUGGGGCCCCAGAGUGAGGUGGUGGCGGAACUAGCACAGGCAGGGCCCUCCUCCCCUCCCUCUUCUCUUCACUUUUAUUUAAGCUGUGCUAAAUGUUUCUUCACAGGAACCACAUUUGGUUCUUCAUACAGAUUUUUCCAGUGAAAUAAAAUGUGUUGUAGUA